CAGGAAAAUCAAGCUCGGUUCCUGCCUUAGGUAUGCAUCUUGACUGACUUGCAGAUGGAUCCAAAUGACAGCGUGCCGUCCGCGGAAAGCAAAUUCAGAUCGGAUUUCCGAUAUUUAUCCUUACAGCUUCAGGUGUCCGCAAAUCGUUCCCAGCCGAACUGCACAGAGCCCGAACUGGAGAACAGUUUGGACGUGAACACGCGUCUGUUCUCCAAGGUACUGGUCACCGUCAUAUACUUGGUGCUGUUUCUGGUCGGCUGUCUGGGCAACUCGGUUACAUUAUACACGCUGCUGAAAAGACGGACCUGGCGGAACCUGCAGAGCACAGUGCAUUACCACCUGGCCAGUUUGGCCGUUUCCGAUCUGUUUAUUUUGUUGUUCAGCAUGCCUAUCGAGCUCUACAACUUCAUUUGGGUACAUCACCCGUGGGCGUUCGGCGAUGCAGUUUGUAAAGGUUACUACUUCAUCCGGGACGGCUGCUCCUACGCCACGGCGUUUAACAUCGCCAGCCUCAGCACGGAACGCUACAUGGCAAUAUGCCACCCUUUCAAGGCGAAAAGCGUCAUGUCCCGCAGUCGAACCAAGAAGCUCAUCAGUGGAGUUUGGGUGGCGUCGUUCCUGCUGGCAACACCGAUGCUUCUGACGAUGGGUCAGCUCAGCAUCGACGGGGAGAAGAUCUGCACUACUGUCGUAUCCACGGUCACCGCCAAGACCGUGCUACAGGUCAACGCCCUGCUGUCCUUCGCAGUCCCUAUGGUGAUCAUUUCGGUGCUGAACACAGCCAUUGCCAGGCAGCUGCAGCAGAUGUUUCAGCCGAACUGGCGCACGUGUUUUAUUAAGGGUUCCAGGCCCGAACCAGGCAUGGCCAUGGAAACGAGCCGCGUGCAGUCGCUGCGGCAUGGGGUCAAGGUGCUGCGCGCCGUGGUCCUCGCCUUUGUGGUGUGCUGGCUGCCCUACCACUCCCGGCGGCUGAUGUACUGCUAUGUGACAGAGUGGACAGAAGUACUGUUUGACUUCUACCACUACUUCUACAUGGUUACCAACGUGCUGUUCUAUAUCAGCUCGGCCAUCAACCCUGUGCUCUACAAUCUGGUGUCUGCCAACUAUCGGAAAUUUUUCUUCUCCACACUCCACUGCUUCUGCAGGGAUGAGAGAUUGCAGGGACAAGAGCAAGGCCAGCAACAGGUCCAACCCAGGUUCUCCAAUAGCAUCACCAGCAACCACACGUUCAGCAUCAAGGGCACCUGAAACAUUUUGGACAAGAGGUGGAGCAUUACAUAGUACCAGAAACCAGAAUACACACAGGAAGUGUUUGAAGUUGAAUCCCUCACUAACUUUAUAAAGUAGUGGUAUGCAACCCUGGUCCUGGAUUGCCAGCAUCCAGCAGGUUUUCUAUCUUUCCUGGUCUCUGAUGAACCAAACCUCAUCUCAGACUGAUAGUAACUCAUCAGGCAGGACAGAAAACCUGCUGGAUACCGGCACUCCAGGAUUUGGAUUGCCUACUCCUGGUGUAAAGCAUAGGCUCACUAUAAGACCACACUACAGUUGAUCCUUCCAACUCAUGGGGGUUAGGGGCACAGUCUCCCCCCAUGAUCUUGAAAGACCAUAUAAAUUUUUUUGGGCCUCUUUGUCCUCUUGGCAAGGAAAGCAAGCAUGUGAGCAGAGUGAAGCAAAGCAAAAAGGUACAAGAUAUGUGAGAUAUCACAGGAGAGACUGCUGUAAACAAGCUUGGUAUCCUUCUAACCACCCAUCUUCUAUAACUGCUUAUCCUGUACAGGAUUGUGAGGGUCCAGAGUCUAUGGGUGCGAGGCAGGGGAUGACCCAGAGUGAGAUGCCAGUCCAUUUGCAGGGCACACUCACAGUCACUCACACAUUCACACCUAUGGACAUGAUGACAAGGGGAGAACAUGCAAACUCCACACCCAUGGAGCUGUGGUGGAUGCUGGAACCCUGGUUACAGAGGUGCGAGAUGACAGUGCUAACCACUGUGCUACCAUGCCGCCUCCUCUUUUGAAUCAGCACUGUACAUAUAUUUUAUGAGUUUAUGUGUUACUAAACAUUUUUGUGGCAACUGUGGCUUUCACAAAACUCCCCGAAAAAAUCCUGUUUAAUUUCUUAUGCUAUUGAAACUGUGAUGGGGAAAGUUGUGAUGCAGAUGGAUCUACUG